AUGUCCAUCCAGUUGCGAGUCAUCAUAGAAGAAAACAAUAUCCGAAAGUUGACGCUUCCAUCAGGAAUUCCUAAUAAGGUGGAAGAUCUUGUUUCAGAAAUCAUUGAGACAUUCCAGAUACAUGGUGAAUUUGGACUACUCUAUGAGGACAAAGACUUUGGGAACCAGUUUUUCACUCUACAUUCUACUUCCGACCUGGAAGACAAGGGCACUGUGAAAUUGGUAAGAAAAGAGCCCUUGAUAACCCUUGACUUGCAUCCAGUAGAUGAAUCAGGACUGUCCUCUACACCAAGUACCUUGGAGACCCACCCUGUGGAUGAUGGUGAAGAGUACAGCUCUAUUGCAGAUGACGUUGAACCAUCAAAUUCACAAGAUACCAUUCUUCUCCCAGAGUCAUGUCGUUCUGCUCCAUGGCCAGUGCAGUUUCAAGUGCCAACGUUUUCCCGUGACAUUGAACUUAUCCUUGCAGAGGCUAACAAGUCAUAUCAUGCCUCUGGAACACAUUUCCAGGAUGCAAGUAUUAAAUCUGCAAUAAUGCAAGACUUAGCCAAAGCUGUAUUUUCUUACACGGCCUAUCCUUCAAGUAUGCAAAUAUCCUCUGUGGCUGAAGCCCUUCUUGAAGGGUUUCCAUGCCUAAAGGAGCCUGGGACCUUUGCAGGCACGUAUGGCUGGCAGCAACGCCUAAAGUACAAGAUGCACAAUUUCCGUGCCAAGCUGAAAUCACAAAAAUAUACAUAUCCAGAAUUAGAAGUAAACACAUUGAAGAGGAAGCGACCAACCGAUGCAGCACCAGCUAAAAAUGUGAAAAGGCCAAAGAAAGCAGAAGUGAAUUAUCUCCCUCCGCAUCCUGUUGGAGAAAAUGAGGACACAUUGGAAAAGGUGAGGCUUGAGUUAGUCGAUGAAACGAAGAAGAAGAACAACGCAAAAGUAAUUGAAGAAAAAAUGUCAAAAACCUUUUCAAUUAGAAGACUGGAGGUUGUGACCACCAGCCCUGCUGUCAGUGUUUUAAGAGAGAGGUGGCCUGGAUUAUUCAGUAAGGCUCAGAUCAAAGAGGAAUUCAGACGUAUAACAACAGUCUCCUUGGAGGAGACAUUUAUGCUGAAUCUUGAUGGGUACACACCACGUCUUCUGCAGUUGAUGCGUGCCAAAGGAGGAGCAUUUGGUACCAAGAUGCAUCCUCUCCUGAGCACUGUAAAUGAGUUCCAGAGUAUUGAGAAAAAAAGGGAUGCAUGCAUCUGUUGCCUCAUUGAGUAUCUUGGGGAAAAUCAAGAAGAGCUGUUCCAAGACUGUCAGGAGGAUGAACUUGAAGGCCACACAAAUGAAAUAAUGAAGUUGGUGGUUAUUCACAAUCCCGCAGUUGAGGAGGACCCAGCAGAUGUGUGUGUUGUAAUCGAGGGCAUCAAAGUGCUGAAUGGUUGUGGAAACAGAACCACAGCGUGCAUACUGUUGAUGGGAUUGAUAUAUGCCCUCAACCUUGAAUAUCCAAAAAAAAUGUACACAAAAGUACACCUUUGA